CUCCAUUCAGCCGGGACUCUUUACUGCUCAAACUCUCAUUAGAGAAGGGGGCGUGCGGGACAUCCAGAUACACGGUAACCGCGAACGGAGAGCGCACGAAGCUGUCGAUCCCGUCUUUUUAAGGAUAGUUUGCGAGCGUUUGAAAGCCGAAGGCAAAAAUGUCUUGGCAGAGCUACGUGGAUAGCCUGAUUGCGGAUGGCUGCUGCCAGGACUCCGCCAUUGUUGGGUGCAACUCAGACUCUAAAUACGUGUGGGCAGCGCUGGAGGGGGGCACAUUCAUAAACAUCACGCCAACAGAAAUCGACGUCCUAGUAGGAAAAGACCGAGAAAGCUUUUUCACCAACGGCCUGACCUUAGGUUCAAAGAAGUGCUCGGUUAUCCGAGACAGCCUCCUCGUCGACAACGAUUGGACGAUGGACAUCAGGACGAAGAGUCAAGGAGGAGAGGCCACGUACAACGUCGCCGUCGGCAAAGCAGCCAAAGCAUUGGUUUUAGUCAUGGGCAAGGAAGGCACAUAUGGAGGGCAGCUCAACAAGAAAGUGUAUCAAAUGGUUGAAUUCCUGAGGAAAGCUGGAUAUUAAGACACCUCCAAUCCUAGCUGCUCGUUCAGCUAACCCUUCUAGAUGGCUUCAUCCUCCAUUGGUUUUCAACUUUACUUCCAUUUUGUGCUAGCCAAACCCCAUUUCUUUCCCUUUAAUGUCCAUUUAUUGAGUUCAGUCUCAUUUUGGCACUACAGUCCCAUGCCACAUUUCAGACCAAAAUCUAGCUUGUAAACGUCAGUUCUUUAUUGGGAGUUUGGUUGAUUUAACCAAAGGGCUUGAGCUCAACUCAAAUUCCCAUUCCUAGAUCCAAUCUGGGAACGGUCGACUGUAUGCAUAUCUUCAAGCCUAGCGAAUGAACCAUAGUCGGGCUGGACAACAUUCUUAGCGUUUUCGUAAAGCUAAAUAUGACGUCCGUUCCAACAAAUGUCGUUGUUUUUCUGUUUGUUUUUCUCAACCUGAAGCUUGUCGCCAUUUGGCAAAUCAACACUAACUGUAAACAUGACACUACCGAUUGAGCGAUUUAUGUCUUUUAAGUUGAGACCUUGUUUAUUUGGCUUUAAUUUUUUUUUUUUUUUUUUUUUAAACCCUGCAAUUGAAUGUUUAUUGACAUUCCGUCAUCGCACAUACUUUGAUAGCUCACGUAAAAUAUAUACAUUAUACGUUCACUUUUUUUCUUUUUCCUUUUCGGACCAAUUUUUGUCACCGCUUCGGUUAUUUCCGCACUUCCAUAAACGCUAACCAACGAAACACUAGCGUCUGAUCGCAGACUUCACUUCAACACUUGAAUCGUUUUGAACCCGUACUGUCAUGACUGUGGAAUUAAAUGCCUUUGAGUCGUCAGCGAUACAACCGUCUGUCAAAACUUGAUGUUUCAUCAAGUCCAAAUGUUAAAGUGUGACACUCAAAUCAUAACGUGUAUUCUGUGCCAUAAUGUAGAGUAUCUGUUGUUGUUGAUUCGAACAGCUUCCCGAAUGAUUCUUCUGUCGCUUCUUUGUUCAGGGGUUUUUAGUAUCAUCUGAAAUUCUGGCCUUGUGGGGUAUUUGUACAGGUGACUCUAGUUAACUUCUUUCCCUCCCCCCCUGUACUUUUCAUACAGUCUGAUAUGUCUGAUUUCAUACGCAUAAAAACAGAAAUGCCAUAAAAUUAAUUUCACCUUGUUUACAGACAGAUUAAAUAAAUCUAUUCCAACCCA